AUGAGGCCUAUCCUGCUUUCGGGCCAUGAACGGUCCCUUAACCAAAUCCGAUUCAACCGCGAUGGCGAUCUCCUGUUUUCCGUGGCGAAGGAUAAGAUUGUUUGCGCAUGGUGGUCUGCCAACGGCGAGCGUCUUGGAACAUACGCUGGUCACCAGGGUGCUAUCUGGACCGUCGACGUGAGCCCGAAUACUGUUCUUCUCGCCACCGGAUCGGCCGACAACACUGUGCGGUUAUGGAACAUCAAGACUGGAGAGUGUGUGAAGGUUUACGACUUCCCGACAGCCGUGAAGCGCGUGGCUUUCUCGCCCGACGGAAGCCAGCUGCUAGCCGUGACUGAGAAGCGUAUGGGUUUCCUGGGUACGAUUGUGGUUAUCGAUAUUGCCUACGGUGAUGGACAGCUCGGCAACCUGGAGCAGCAAGCCGACGAGCCAAGCUUGCGGAUCACUUGCAAUGAGAGCAAGGCGACUGUGGCGGGAUGGAGUUAUCUGGGCAAGUACAUCAUUGCUGCACACGAGGACGGCAGCGUUAGCCAAUACGACCCCAAGGUACGCCAGCACCGUGUAUAUGUUACGGGAGAGCGUUUUCUAACUCCAGAUCAGACUGGCGAACAACUCGAGAACGUCCAGGCCCACGAGUUCGACCACCAGAUUAACGACAUCCAAUUCUCAGCCGACCGCACCCACUUCAUCACCGCCUCCAAGGAUAAGUCCGCUAAGCUCAUGUCCGCCCGUAACCUCGCCAUCCUCAAGACCUACCCCGCUGAUACCCCUCUCAACUCCGCAAGCAUUACUCCUAAGAAGGACUACGUGAUCCUGGGUGGUGGUCAAGCCGCUAUGGAUGUCACAACCACGUCUGCUCGCCAGGGUAAAUUCGAGGCCCGCUUCUAUCACAAGAUCUUCGAAGACGAGAUUGGCCGUGUUCGUGGUCACUUCGGUCCCCUCAACACCAUUGAUGUCCACCCCGCUGGAACCGCAUAUGCCUCUGGUGGUGAAGACGGUUACGUUCGUAUCCACCACUUCGACAAGCCCUACUUCGACUUCAUGUACGAGGUCGAGCGGGAGCAAUUGCGAAAGUAA